CACUGAUAAAUGUUGAUAAACUGUCAGCAAUACAUUUCUGUAUAAACGCAAUUCCAGCGAUGACUGGCGGAGAUGCGCUCUUCCACAGCGGUAAUCAAUAGACGAAUGCAGGUACCCUGCCUCCUCGCAUACGCACUCUGUCGCUACAUCACCACGCAUUCUGACUCCACCGUGCAGUCUCUCUUAUUUCCAUCUCCAUCACUACUGCAUAUGAAGAAGAAUCACCAGGAAAACGGGUUGCUCCCCCAAAACAUCUGGAGCGCCACGUUUUACCACGCUCUGCCUCUGAGAAAGAGACGGGUGAGACGGAGGACGGAGCACUUGACACCUUGCUUCACGGCAUCGAUAUGCAGUAGUGUGAUACCAAUUCUGCGGAGACAGAGGCCAUUCCAUGGCAUCCUAAUAUUACAUUGAGGGGAUUGCGCAUUCGUGAUCAAAGGUAGUCUCAUUAGUUGUGCCGAACGGAUUAAUUUGGCUAUAGGAGGGGGGAAAUUCAUAAUAUCCAGAUUUGAUCAAUACCUACCGUGAGAUAUCGUUGGACCUGCGAUGGACUCCAACGUAGGGAAAUAUGGAAUGGCUCGCUUGGGAAUCUUUAUGGUUUUGAUGGGGCUGUGGAGGUUUAGCGCUGCUUGCCCUGCAUUCUGCACUUGCAGCAUCUCAAGGAUUGCUUGUAUCGAUCCUGAACCAGGGAUCGAGGAUUUCCCUAUCCUUACGUUAGAUGACAUAGAAAUGGACAUCAACAUCACCGAUAUAUACAUUGCAAAUCAAAACAGACUAUUUGACAUCAAUGAUAACAGCUUGAAGUACUACUCAAACCUCAGAAAUCUAACUGUGACAAAUACGAGAUUGACUUCUAUCUCAUCACAGGCCUUUUUCAACAAUACAAGACUUCAAUAUCUGAAUCUGAGAGACAAUAACUUGUCAACACUCUCUUGGAGGACAUUCCUAAACUUAAACAUGACAUCUUUUCCUCUCCUGUCUGGUAACCCUCUGAAGUGUGUAUGUGAGAACAUGUGGAUCAAACUGAGGCUGCAAGAGGACAUUGACAGUACAGAGAGUCAAGAGCUGAAAUGCAUAGAUGACAGAGCAGUGAAGAGGGCCAUCUCCAGAUUCUCUCCCCCUGAUUGUGAGGCUCCCGCAGCGGAGGUCCGUCCCUCUAUCAUCACAAAGACAGAGGGAAGUGAUGUCAGAGCAGUGUGCAGUGCAACAGGGUCUCCUGCCCCUGAUAUCUUGUGGAAUAUCGACAGUCUGUUUACCAUCACUAAGAUCAAUGCCUUGGAGCUGGAGAGCAAUCUGACACUGUUAGGUCUCUUGCCUUCCGACAACGGCAGAGUGAUCACUUGCAAUGUUGAGAACGUAGUCGGCCAAACCGAGGCUUACCUCCAACUCAACAUCCUCUUUCGCCCCACUAUCCUGGAGCUGCUGGAGCCUUUGCGCCUCCACCACUGGUGCAUCCCCUUCAGUGUGACCGGAAACCCCAAGCCCGAGCUGCGGUGGUACCACAAGGACCAAGAGCUCCACGAACAGGAGUACAUCAAGACCGAGAUCCACGAGAGCACAGGGAGCGUUCACCACGGCUGCCUGCAGCUUGUCAACCCGACUCACAUCCACAAUGGGCAGUAUACGCUGGUGGUCAGGAACGAGUACGGGGAGGACCAAAAAGUAAUCGACGCCCACUUCCUGCUCCCGCCAGACACAGACUACGAUACAGAACCGCCAUAUAACUACCCAUACACCACUGACUUACCACUACCCCCAAUAGAGGACAGUGUUGCAGUGUACAUAGUGGUGGGGAUCGCUGGUGUGGCAUUAAUUGGAUGUGUUCUGAUGGUGAUCAUUCUGAAAUACGGAAGAAACUCAAAGUUUGGGAUGAAGGGCUCCUCCUCGGUCAUCAGUAACGACGAUGACUCCGCCAGUCCUCUUCAUCAUGUCUCCAACGGCAACAACACCCCUUCGUCCUCAGAGAUGGGCCACGAUGCAGUGAUCAUUGGAAUGACAAAGAUCCCUGUCAUCGAGAACCCACAGUAUUUCCGCCAAUCUGGCAGUAUGCUGAAAUCGGACACGUUUGUCCAGCACAUCAAGAGACACAAUAUUGUGCUGAAGCGUGAGCUGGGAGAGGGGGCCUUUGGGAAGGUGUUCCUGGCUGAGUGCUACAACCUGACCCCAGAUCAGGACAAGAUCCUGGUGGCUGUCAAGACGUUGAAAGAGGCCAGCGAGAGCGGGCGUGCCGACUUCCACCGGGAGGCGGAGCUACUGACCAACCUGCAGCACGAGCACAUCGUCACCUUCUACGGCGUGUGUGUGGAGAGUGACCCGCUCAUCAUGGUGUUCGAGUACAUGAAGCACGGCGACCUCAACAAGUUCCUCAGGUCCCAUGGUCCUGACGCGGUGCUGAUGGCUGAUGGGCAGCACAGCCUGAUGGUGGAGCUGACCCAGUCUCAGAUGCUGCACAUCGCCCAGCAGAUCGCUGCAGGCAUGGUCUACCUGGCCUCCCAGCACUUUGUCCACAGAGACCUGGCCACACGCAACUGCCUGGUGGGAGAGAACCUACUGGUCAAGAUUGGGGACUUUGGCAUGUCCAGGGAUGUGUACAGCACUGACUACUACAGAGUGGGUGGUCACACCAUGCUGCCCAUCCGCUGGAUGCCUCCAGAGAGCAUCAUGUACCGGAGGUUCACCACGGAGAGCGAUGUCUGGAGUCUCGGCGUGGUCCUCUGGGAGAUCUUCACCUAUGGGAAGCAGCCAUGGUACCAGCUCUCCAACAAUGAGGUGAUCGAGUGCAUCACCCAGGGGCGCGUGCUGCAGCGGCCGCGUUCCUGUCCAAAGGAGGUGUACGACCUGAUGCUGGGAUGCUGGCAGAGAGAACCCUACAUGAGACUGAACAUCAAGGAGAUCCACAGCCUGCUCCAGAGUCUGGCCAAGGCCUCGCCUGUCUACCUGGAUAUACUGGGCUGAGUGAGUCUGGGCAGGAGUGUAUAUGGGUGGGGGUGAGGGUGAGGGUGGAGUUUUGUGUAUGUGUGUGUAUGCGUGCGCGUGCCUGCGUGUGUGAGCAUAUGUGUUUGCGAGUGUGCCCGACUGUGCUGACUGUGCUUCUGCCUCCUCAUCACAUAGACAAAAGCCUUAAAUUUGAUUGAGAUUUCCUUUCCUUCUCCAUUUGAAGAUACUUUUAGGACCAUUUUCUCAAACCCAGAUUAAAAUAAUCCAGGAGUAGGCCCAAUUCUGAUUUAGUUCAUCAAGAGCUAAAAAUGAUUUCAUGAACAUCUAUUAACCUUGAAUUACAUACUGCUGGACUGUGACAAUAACUUUUUAAAUGAAGAUUAACCAUAGUCCAACAAUAAUUGAGGCCAUGUCCAUGAAACCAAAUUAUCAGUAAUCUUGAUUAAAUUGUAAUCUGGGUCUGCGAAACAGAUCCUUAAUUGUAUUAUUGUACUCUUCUUGUACACUGUAAUUGCUGGGGAUGAACAAAGGGAAAAUGACUGUGUGUCAAAAUUAUCAUGGACAAUGUAUGGACACUUGCCAACAUGGAUAGAGCUUUUCCUUGUUCCUCCUAACAUAACGAGGAACAUCUCAUGUGGAGCGACAUAUAAAGUCGAGACGUGAUUUUUUUUUUUUUUACCCAUUGCAAUGAAGUAAGGCUUACCGCUUAUAUAAGUGUCAUGGACAAUUUUUAUGGUGUGAGAACUUUCUUAUUGAUGUCAGGUGAUUUUGACUUUGUUGUUUUCACGUUACGUCUUUACAUUUUGAUUGGUGACUGAACUCUGUCAUCAUGGCCAACCAGAGCCCAGAGCUGUGGAGUUGAUAUGUUGGUACUUGAAGGGUACCUCUUAGGACUUAUAAUGACUUCAUAUCACAUUAAUAACCCAUACAUACCACAGUAAAAAAAUAAAAAAUAAUUAUGAAAUGCUUAUGUACUGCUCAUAUACGGUUAUUCAUGUGUUAUAAAGUCUCUAUGUAGGUAGGUAUCCUCAGUCCAGAGAGAACAAGAGCCAUCCAUCCACACAACGCCGUUAAACCGUUAAUAUACAUAUGUGCAUAUUACAAAAACACUUUUCAAUGUUAUAAAAAUAAGGAUUUACCUAUUAAAACAUAUGGGCAUUCUCUAUGCCAUAUUUAUAAAUCAUUUUUCUGAAUUAUUUUCUUUUUUUUAAAUGAAUAUUUCAGGUUGUGGUUCAUUAUCAGUGGUAUUUUCUAUCUGAUUCUAUUUGCUAGCUACUGACAUUGUCCAUUUCCAUGUAGAACGUGUUGGUGUUUUGAAUGUGGUUAGUAUGCACUACACGUCACAAUCUUGACUGGAUAACUAAAGCACAGUGAAUAAGGACCGUCCCAGCAUUACGUUUGAACAGGGAGGAACUUUGAGUUGCCUCAACUCAAAUCACAGCAGUAAGAAAGUUGAGCAUACUGUAGCAUAGAAUAACAUUGGCAUUUUGUUUUGUCGUUUGUGAAGAGCACAUUCACCAGCAAUGGCUUAGAGAGAGCAUAACUUUAUCCUCUACUGUAUAAAUCUAUUGGUGGCCCAAAACUCUACUACACUGUUUGUUUUGUAUUUUCGAAGGCAGCUUUACAAAGGCUGUCGUUGUUGUUGAGGUUGUUGACGAUGUUUCAGUAUAUUGAAGCUAAUAGGAAAUGAUGGAUUUUGCCUUUGAGGAUAUUUUAUUUAUUUCAGCUGUAUUUGUGGGGAAUCAACAGGGUAUUGACUGCUUUAGUUAGAAAAGAUGACUGGUAGAAUGCCCCUAUUCAGCUAUGUAUGCACUUACAUUACUAAUUUACUUGUUUACAUUAUGUAUAGCAUAUUAUUUGGAACCCGGAUGUGAUAUUAUGUGAUCUUAUAUUGAUUGAUAUACAUAUCUCAUAUCAUAUAGGCUAUUGCAAUGGUUAGGAUCAGUUGUGAGAGUAUCUUAAGUCUAAGGGCAGUUGUGAGAAAAUCUUAUGUCUAGGAGCAGUUGAGAGAGUUUAUUUAGUCUGAUUCCCCAUGUGGUUGUACAGGAGAGCUGUAAGGCCUCCUGAACAGCUUCUAUCAGGGAUGUGAUGACUUGAUAACUAUGACAGUUGAAUCAGAUUAAUUGAUAAGGAAGAGGACCUACAUACAGUGCCUUCAGAAGGUAUUCAUACCCUUUGACUUAUUCCAUGUUUUGUUGUUACAGCCUGAA